UUUUUUUCCCCCCCAGUUCUCGCUUGACAUUUCCACUCCGGACGGGAUUCAAACGCGACGCGCGGUCUGGACACUCAUGCCAUCGAUUUAUUCAAUCGCGAGGGCUUGAAACGGCGGGAUACUGAUCGGGGAAAUCGGAAUUAUCCCGGGAAUUUCCUUCCAGACAGAGAGGAACGCUGGAAAAACACACACUCUGAGAAGAAAUUACUAUUGGAGACCAGUUGUUUAUUUCACCAGUUUGCUCGGAAGGGCUCGGGCGGUGGAGCACAAUGCCUCAAAAAGAAUACCAUAACCAACCCACGUGGGAAUCAGGAGUGGCGUCCAUGAUGCAAAACAGUCACAGUGGCGUCAACCAGCUCGGCGGGGUGUUUGUGAACGGCAGACCGUUACCGGACUCCACCAGGCAGAAGAUCGUCGAACUCGCUCACAGCGGAGCGCGACCCUGCGACAUCUCCAGGAUUUUGCAGACCCAUGAUGAUGCAAAAGUCCAACUGGACAAUAAGAACGUGUCCAAUGGGUGCGUGAGCAAGAUUUUGGGGAGAUACUAUGAGACCGGCUCCAUCCGACCACGGGCCAUCGGAGGCAGCAAACCGAGGGUAGCGACGCCUGAAGUGGUCGGCAAAAUAGCGCAGUACAAGAGGGAGUGUCCCUCCAUCUUUGCCUGGGAAAUUCGGGACAGGCUGCUGUCUGAGGGGGUGUGCACCAACGAUAACAUACCGAGCGUGUCGUCGAUAAAUCGAGUCCUACGCAACCUGGCUAGCGAAAAGCAACAGAUGGGUGCAGAUGGCAUGUACGACAAGCUGAGAAUGCUCAACGGGCAGAGCGGCACGUGGGGGACACGCCCGGGAUGGUACCCUGGUACGUCCGUGCCAGGACAACCGAAUCAAGAUGGUUGCCAGCAACAGGACAACGGUGGCGAGAACACCAACUCCAUUAGCUCAAACGGCGAGGAUUCAGAUGAGACUCAAAUGCGCCUGCAACUGAAAAGAAAACUGCAGAGAAACAGGACGUCGUUCACGCAGGAGCAGAUCGAAGCCCUGGAAAAAGAGUUUGAAAGAACCCAUUAUCCGGAUGUUUUCGCAAGAGAAAGACUCGCGGCAAAAAUCGACCUUCCAGAAGCUAGAAUACAGGUAUGGUUCUCCAACAGAAGGGCGAAAUGGAGGAGGGAAGAGAAGCUGAGGAACCAGCGACGACAAGCCAGCAACUCCUCCAGUCACAUUCCCAUCAGCAGCAGUUUCAACACAAGCGUCUACCAGGCAAUCCCACAACCCACCACUCCUGUGUCCUUCACAACAGGGUCAAUGCUAGGCCGAUCAGACACGGCUCUGACCAACUCGUACACGGGUUUGCCGCCGAUGCCCAGCUUCACAAUGGCUAACAACCUGCCUAUGCAACCAAGCCAGACAUCUUCCUAUUCCUGCAUGCUGCCCACCAGUCCGUCCGUGAAUGGGCGAAGCUACGACACAUACACACCCCCUCAUAUGCAGGCACACAUGAACAGCCAAACAAUGGCGACUUCUGGUACCACCUCGACAGGACUCAUCUCCCCUGGAGUGUCUGUCCCUGUCCAAGUUCCCGGAACUGAGCCAGACAUGUCUCAGUACUGGUCAAGAUUACAGUAAAGAAAAGAGUUACUUCGCCCUUUGACUUCCGCACAGAGACUAAGAGAGAACCUGGACCUCUGCAGCAGUAUUUCCACAGACACACAGACAGUCACACACAAACAAACAACCAGGACGGGAAAGCGUGUGGACUCUCGUCGCGGUCAGGAAACUUCGCGGCACUACCUUUAAGAGGAAAAGCGGACUCUAGAGAGACUUAACGGAACAAAAACAACCAACCUCCGCUACAUCCACGGUCUCCUUUUUCUUCGUCGUAUUUGUACGCCGGCUCUUCAUAAGCGAAGACGGCCGGGGGACAUGUUCGGUCUGGUGGAAACGGCGGAGAGCGAUACAUCGCGACUGUUUUCUAAUAUCAGGAUUACGGAUCAGACUUCAGGCCCAUAUCAGAGCAACGGGAAAACGCCCGUUCGUAGAAAUUUUCACUCUGGGAGAGUCACCGGCUAAAAAUCGACCCCGCAGCGGCUUCAGUCAAUAACGCUAUUGCAUCUACAAAAAAAAAAAAAAAAAAAAAAAAAGAGGAACAACAGCCAUUGUGUAAAUUACCGAGUACUUUAUAAUUAUGUCUGAGGGUUUGGAGACGGGGCGGAACCGAUUUCCGAGGCCGUUUGUGCUUGGUCAUUUAUAAUUGUGACGUCAGAGCAAUGGGAAAGUUAUGAAUACGGUAGGCUUGGCCAUCGAUAUAACGUUCAUCCAUCUCGCCACUGUCCGAUUGUAAGUAUUUGUUCUCCCUAGAAACUUCCUCCGGGGAAUUAAUCGCGGAAAAACACGAAUACGUUCUCACUUUUAUUGCCCCUCCCCCCUCCGGGAAAAAAUUAAAAAAUAAAAAUCUAUAAAUGUUUUAUACGGAUUUUCAUGCAUCGUUAAAAAAAGGAAAAAAAAACAUUUCUUUAGGUCAGGUACAAGUUGUCUAUUAGGUAUAGUUGUAUUAUAGUGUCCUACGGUCGGAUAAUUUUGUGAGACUAGAAAUAUUUAAUUCCGAUAAUUAUGAUUAAAAAUGCUUGACAGAGUUUAAAAAAGAAAAAAAAAACGUAAGUGUUUGGCAGUUGUUUACAAGUACAUAUCAGACUUUAACCAUUGUUGAUUGUAAAAAAACAGACCAAAGCCUUUGUAUUUCAUCUAUUACACAACAAUCUUAAUCUUCUUUUUUAUCGUUAGUCUUGUGUUGCUAUACAUUUUGUAAAGGAAAAGAAGUUGUUUUACAUUCUAGUACACUGGCUUCAACUAUAUAUGGCUGCGGCUUAAUCACGCGGCCCUUUAUUUAUGAUCGACAACCAUUUGUGGUUUUAAAAACAUGUUGACAUCUCUUGAAUUCUGCGUUUUUGUUGUGUACCUGAAACAUGAACACUUGUAACGGUUUUUUGUGUCAGAGCAAUGCUUUGGAAAACGAAAGGUCUACCCUGUCUUGCAGAUAUUUCAAUUUAACUUUAUUUAAAAGCUUUCUAAAUGUAUUUUGUGAAAACUAUUAAAAACAUUUUGUACAGUA